UCAGAUAUAUAGUAUUCAUGAACAAGGAAUCCCCACAGUUGUAUACCAAAUUAUCUCAACAAAAAGGUGAUAUUCUGAAUUGCGUGGCUCUUGCAUCUAAAUGCUUUCCGGUCAACCAUUCAAAUAUGUACUGUAUGUAUCAGUGUUCAGCUGCUUAUGUGGCUCAUUUUUUGCAAGCGAUAGGCGUUUCAUAAUGAAUGGUUUGAACUCGACCAAUGUGGAUUUACGUUUUCAACAAAUGGACCAGACGAUACAAACUCUUAAAACACAAGUGUCAACCUAUGACAAUGUUGUUUUAUCUAUGCAGUCGAAAGUUAGCCAUCUGGAGUCAACUGUUAAGCGGCUAUCAGCAUCUGAUUGUCCAGCUAUAGCGUUCAUGACGACUCUUAAGAAUACCUUGCUGCACGUGCAAAGUGGUGUUCAGUUGAAAUUUGACAACGUCAUACUUAAUUCUGGAAAUGCAUACAACUCGUUCCAUGGAAAUUUCAUUGCACCAAGAACAGGGACAUAUUUUUUCACCUACAGCAUAACUUCAACUGCACACUCAUGGAUCCGAAUAAAAUUGCUCCGAAAUGGUAUAGACGUUGGCCACUUAAUUAACACUGAUCACGAUUCUUAUUUAAAAACAACAGAGUCAGUGCUCGUACAUCUUAACCAAAAUGAUGAUGUUUGGUUACAAACAGAUGACGCGCAGGGUCCAGAUUCGAUUGGAAUUAUGAGUGGUUUUCAUUCUUUGGAAAGUCACUUUGCAGGUUUUCUGUUAUUUUGUAAUUAA